UUUAUACAUACAAUAUUUUCUAAUUAAAAAAAUACCCAAAGCAAAGCAAGUAGCUAAUAUACAGACAGACAUAUUUCAUUGUCCAAGAUGGCCGAGCAAGAGGACGUACGUCCUCUGUCACCGGCGGCGGUGGUGCCGGCGAGUCACGUAGAAGAUUCCCUGAAGGAGAAUCUCCGCCGCAGAAACCACAUCAGAUGGUGCUGCGGCUUUGUAGGAGUCACGUCAUUCGUUCUGACCAUAGUACUCCCACUGGUUUUGUUCUUCACCGUGUUCCAAGCCAAAGACCCAAUCAUCGUAGUCAACAACGUGACGAUGCCGUCGUUGCCCGGGACACAGUUCCCUCCCCCGGACAUCACGGCCAACAUGUCGAUGGUGGUGGACGUGUCGGUGAAGAAUCCGAACGCGGCGUCGUUCAAGUACUCGAACACGACGACGGAGUUAUACUACAAGGGACUACUGUUCGGGGAGGCGCGUGGGCCACCGGGGAGAGCGAGGGCGAGACGCACGGUGAGGAUGAACGUGACGCUGGAUAUAUACGCGGGUCGGUUGAUGUCGGAUCCGGGUCUGUUGGAGGAUAUCGGGUCGGGUCUUAUGAACGUAACGAGUUACUCGAGGGUGCAUGGGAGGGUGAAGAUUCUAGGGUUCCUUAAGGCUCAGAUGACGGUGAAGAUGAACUGCUCCACUUCAUUCAACGUCACGAGCAGAUCCAUCCUCCGAUUCAAGUGCAAGAGAAAAUUCAAUCUCUGAGUACAGUGUUCUUGUCACUGUUUUUUUUUAUAUAAAAAAAAAUACGUUUUCGAAGGUUAUCCGUGGGUGUAAUGAACGAUAUAACAUGCGUGUUUUUUUAGUGGUCAUUACGUACUAUAGCGUAGUUUAAAUAUUAUAUUUACAAUGAAAUAAUCGACAGUUUUUUUUUCAUA